AUGGCCAGAAAUUCAGCCAGCAAAAUGUUGUACUGGUCAGUGGAAGUUGAGAUUGCAUCGAGGUGUCAAGGUUCAGAAGGCAAAGGUGGUGACGAGGGUCCACCAGGACCACCGGGGCCGCAAGGUUCGAAGGGAAUGAAAGGUUUCAAAGGCAUAAAAGGUGACGAGGGUCCACCAGGUCCAUCAGGGCCAUUGCGGCGAGGUCCGAAGGGAGACAAAGGUUUGAAAGGCAAAGGUGGUGACGAGGGUCCAAAGGGAAUGAAAGGCACAAAAGGUGACGAGGGUCCACCAGGUCCAUCAUGGCCAAGUUCGAAGGGAGACAAAGGUUUCAAAGGCACAAAAGGUGACGAGGGUCCCCCGGGGCCAUCGCGGCGAGGUCCAAAGGGAGACAAAGGUGACAAGGGAACAUCUGGUGUUAUCGGACCAAAGGGAUCAAAAGGAGACAAGGGAAAAGAGGUGAAAGGUGAACCAGGAGAGAAAGGUGAUAAAGGCAAUCAAGGAGACAAAGGGCAAAUAGGUGUAAAAGGCCAGAAAGGCCAAUGAGGGCCGAUUGGUCCCAUUGGCCCCAAAGGAGAGAAAGGUUCUAAGGGUGUGCAAGGGAUCGUGGGACCACCUGGACAGAAUGGUAUCUCUGGACCAAGAGGGCCAUAUGGAAUCAUUACUAUUGUUCGACACAGCCAAACUGCAAAUAUUCCAGACUGCCCACG